CGUCUGUCAUUGAUUCCUUGGGCAUCUACUUGCUUCACUCGGGCUAUCUAGAACUACCUUAGGUUAGGUACCCAGGUGCCUUUAAGAUGGCAGCUGGAGAACCUAUCUUAUACAGCUUGUACGUCUAUGCUCCCGACAAAGCGGCAGCGAUAUUUUUCGCGAUUGCUUAUGCCAUUUCGGCCAUAUUUCAUAUAUGGCAAUGCUUGUUAGUAUACUCGUUCAACUCGAAUCCGAUCGAUUUCCAAUACCUAACCGUAAUAGUCGUUAUGGAGCUUUCAAGUUAAUCGGUCUGCAUCCCCUCUGUGCAGUAUUAUUCGCUAUCGGCUAUGCGUUGCGUGAAUAUGGCGCCUAUAACUACAUGUAUAGCGUGGCCACGAAAACUCCCUUGAUCAUGUUUAUCCUUAGCCAGAUAUUCAUUUUCGUAUGCCCCCCGCUUCUGGAACUUGCCAACUACCAUGUCCUGGGUCGUAUAUUUUCGUACGUGCCUUGGUGUGCACCUCUUCCCCCGGCUAGGGUUCUGACUAUAUUCGGUGGUCUCAUGGGACUUGUCGAAUUGCUGAAUUCCUUGGGUGUAUCACUGUCUUCGAAUCCGUCGUCCUCGAGCUCAACGCAAUCUCUUGGGAGUAACUUGACGAUAGUGGCUCUCGUGAUCCAGCUCUUCCUCAUCUUCAUAUUCGUUUGCCUUGCCGGUAUUUUCCAUCGGCGAUGCUUGAGGGCAAAUGUGCAAGUUAGAGGUGUUAAGAUUCUCCUUUAUACCUUAUACGCGAGCAUGGCCUUGAUACUCGUGCGCUGCAUUUACCGACUGGUGGAGCAUACGGGGAACACGAACGUGGACCUCGACAACAUCGAGGCGCUCAGGAACUUGAGCCCCAUCUUGCGUUACGAGGCUUUCUUCUACGUGUUCGAGGCGACCCUUAUGCUCAUCAACUCUAUCCUCUGGAACGUGUGGAACCCCGGCCGUUUCCUGCCGAAGGAACCCCAUAUCUAUCUUUCGCGUGACGGGACUGAAGUUCGUGGGGAAGAGGAAUCGGAUGACCGACCGCUCCUGGCCAAGAUUCUGGGCCACUCAAUGCUAUUCGGCGCCUUUUUCCGUAAGAAGAAGCAGACCCGAGAAUUCGAAGAACUCUCCGAAUAUCCAGGUGCUGAGCGUUCUAGGUAGUUGCUACUGAGAAGAUGUUAUUUAGGGGCUGUUGCGAUUAUAAUAUUCUACCAUAGCUGGCUUAUGGUGUGACUGGGAGCAAGGUAACUACGGUUCUUGGGUUAGGUGAUAGAAAC